AUGGCCCCCAAACGUAAAGCUGAAGAUGUUCAGCCUGAAGGCGUUCCAGAGGGGCGCCCAAAGCGUGCUGCGAAGUCUGCCAAGGUCGCUGCCCAUGACGACAACGAGAAAAAGCCAGCCAAAGCAAAGCGUGGAGCAGCAAAGACAAAGAAGGAGCCCAUUCCUACACAAGACGAGUUCAAGGAGGCAGCCCUUCCUCUCCAUGUCAAUAUUAUGCACACUCCUCCUCCGAUUGAUCAAGUUGCUGCUGCCAAUCAAGACCCAGGCUUCCUUUCGCACAUUGCGCUGACGCCAACGGUCUUCAAUACACGCAGCUAUGGCUGGAAGGGCUCUAAGAAACUGUUGGUUGAACUGGAGAAUUCAACUGGGCCAGAGAAGACCAAAGUCUGGGUGCAGUUGAACAUCAACGCGACUGUCGUUGGCAGUAAGCCGUCAGAUGAUGAAGAAAAGGAUGCGGAGGAACAGGCUGAGCCUGCGACAACGGAAGCUGAUUGA